AUGGCCGCCCCUUCUGCCGUUGUGGAGAUCACCUCCAAGGCUCAGUUCGACGAGCUCGUCAAGAAGACCCCCUACGUCGCCCUCCAGGCCUCCGCCUCGUGGUGCGGUCCCUGCAAGGCCAUCUCCCCCAUCUUCAAGAAGCAGGCCGACCAGCACACCUCGGAAAAGUUCGCUUUCGCCAAGUUCGACACCGACGAUGUCCCCGACCUCGCCUUUGAGAUGGGCAUCCGAUCCAUCCCCGCCUUCUUCUUCUUCGAGAACGGCGACAAGGACAGCGAUCUGCUGGGUGCUGUCCCUCCCAAGCUGACCGCUGCCAUCUCUACCUACGCCGAUAAGGCCAAGGGCGGUGCUGAGGAGAAGCCUGCCGAGGAGAACACCCUCAAGACCGACGAGAACUUCUAA